CCUUAAAAAAUCCCCCUGGAAAUGCCCAAAACUCCUAGAAAAGCCUUGUCAAAUAUGUACUUGGGCGCCUAAGACAUUGAAGACCACAGACCACGCAGGUAAACAAGAAGCCGAAGGGAGAAGUUGAAGGCCUCGGGGGAGCUCAUUUUAACCCCGCUCAAACACCAUCCAGGGCCCACAGCACCACCCCAGGGCACCAGGAUUAAGGCCCACGAAGCUGAAUACUUAAUUGGCGUAAAGAAAAACCCCCGUGAAGGAAUAAUAGCCGCCAUGUACCUCUUCGAACAGAUCAAGCUCCUCCACGAAAAUGGCUUGCAUUCAAACCUCAUUGCUCUGGGCAGCCUGGUGCUCACAGUGGCCGAGAACCAGCCUGAAAACUCCCUCCUGCCAGCAGCGCGAUACCAGACCAUGGUGUAUGUGGGAUGGUCACUGCAGAGUAUGGGGGAGUACAGGCGGGCUGAGGCCACACUGAAGGAGGCACUGCAGUAUGCCAAGGCCGCAGCCAAGACCAAAAUAGCAAAGACAACAGACAUGUUCAAGGAUGGACUCACAGAAAUUGAUGUGAAGUAUGCCAUGGCGGAGUGCAAUAUGGCAGUGCGUCAGUAUAGCCAGGCACUCACCCUGCUGGAGUCCAUCCCCCAGCGGCACCGCACCCCCAAGGUCAACAUGCGGCUGGGGCGGCUGUACCAACAAGCCGGCAUGGAGCGGCCGGCCAUCACCGCAUACAAGGAGGUUCUCAAGGAGUGUCCCCUCGCCCUGGAGGCCGUACAGGAGCUGCUAAGCCUUGGGGUGCGGGGAGCAGAAGUCGCCUCCCUCAUGAUCAAUGUUCACGGGAGCACGGCUGGGACGGAGUGGUUGUCAUUAUGGGUCAAAGGACACGCUUACUUACACAGCAGGGACUACACCAACGCCAUCACUUCUUUCAAACAGUUGGAAGAAAAUUCUGCUCUUAGUCGUAAUGUUGAUAUUCUUGCCACUUUAGGAGAGACGUAUUAUCUUGCCGGGGACUCCAAAAAUGCUCUCACCUUCUUGCAAAGGGCUCAUGCUGUGAACCACCUCAACCUGCGGGGUUCUGACCUUCUAGCAUGCCUCUUAGGUGCAGAAAAGAGGGACCGAGAGCUAGAGGAGCUGGCCAUGUCCACCACGGCUGUGACCGACACAGCCCCCCAGCCCUGGAUCACCAUGGGCUACUACUGCCAGCUGAGUAAGAAGACCACCAAAGCUAUAUAUUUUGCUCACAAGGCUUGCUCAAUCAACCCACGUAGUGUUGAGGGUCUGCUGCUGAAGGGAACAUUGCUUCUAGAACUGAAGAAGCUGCAGGAAGCUGUCAUGCACUUCAGAGAAGCCAUGCAGAUUGCACCUCAUCGGUUUGAACCCCAUAAAGGUUUAGUUGACUGUUACCUAGCAAUGCAUCGAUCAAGGGAAGCUGUUACUAUAGCCAGUAAUGCCUGUAAGCUACUAGGACAGACUCCAAGAGCACUGACUCUAUAUGCUUCAGUUCUGGUAAAAGACUCACUGACUGUCAGCAAAGGGAAAAGCUUAUUAGAAAAAGCACUGAAAGAAGACUCCUACCAUCUUCCUGCUGUUUACCUGCUGUGUGAGCUGUAUGAACAGGAUUUGAGGUAUGAAUCGGCCAUUGAGUUGCUACGGAAGCAAGUUGCUGUUCAGUCAACGAGUCGCCUUCACCAGAUGCUGGCAGACUUCUUUUCCAGGGUUCAUGAUGAGGAGAAGGCAGCACACCAUUUUGGAAUUGCGUUAAACCAUGAACCAAGCAACACCCGAGCACUGGAAGGGAUGCAGAAGAUGGAGGCAGCGCCAGAUGCUGUGGAAACACCGCCGUACGAUAUGGAAGUUGAAGACAUAGGAGACUCUGAGGGAGAAGUAGAGGAGAGUGAUCUGGAAGCUGUUUGGUCAGAUGUAGACUUCUCCUUUAGUGGACAGUAGCAAAGGUUCAUGUGGUCUGUGGUUUCACUGUGAUUGCUGCUGGGCCAUCAGCAUGUGAUGUCCAGCAUUUGUCUCUCCAGUCAUGUAAAUGGUUCCCUGACUCACACUACUCUCUACACAUAUAAAUGGCUUGACAUGAACACCCACCUACUCCUGAGAUACGUGAUGCAGUGGCUGGCAGUUUUUGGAAAAUGGGCUGCCUUGUGAUCAUUUGUGAAAUCUCUACCCACUAAGAAAUUUUAGGAUUCCUCAAAAGUGUAUUAUAGGUUGAAGGCUUAGAUUUGAAGGGGAGACCAACCAUAAGGUUGUGAAAGUAAAUGGAGUUUAGAAGGUAUGAUUAAGCAAGUUGAAGAUUCAUGAGAAGGCUAUAAAAAGAAGCAUGUGCAUUAAAAGGAAACUCUCGGGGACUUCCUUCUGCCCAUCUUUAGGACCAUAUCAUGUAGGAGGCCUGCAAAGCUUAAUGGGACCUACAGAAUUGGGAUAUGUUUUCAUUGCUGUAUAACUUGACAUUUUAUAUUUGAACACUGGCAGUGAAAAAAAUAUGAUUACAGGGGGUAAUUAGUUGUAACCCUGGAUGGUAAAUCCUCUAGAACAGAUGUCUAAAGCCAUCUGUGUUUAGGAACUUACACACAAGACAAUUCCAAAAGUGAUUGCAUGAAGUGAUGGCAUGAUACUUGAAGGUUGUGAGAGUGAAGAUAUACAGUGCAGUAUUAGGCAACUCAUGGCGUAUGAUAAAAAAUUAUCAAAACCUAUAAAUUCACACAUUGGAUCUGCUCAUCCCUUUGAUAGGAGUUGCUUGAGGAAACAAUACUUGCUAACAGAAGAUGUGUUGUCUUCACAUAAAGCAGAGUGCAAGCAGUCAAGUACAAUGGCUGGCUGAUAAGGCCUGCCAGCCACUAAGGAUGCUGGGUAUGAGUAUUAUCAGGUGUGUGGAUGUGCCUCAGACCCUGGUGGGAAGAGCUGCAGCUAAACAACCAACAAGCCAAAACUCAUCUCAUUUAUUUAUUUAAAAAAAGUACUCAGUGGCUUUUAUAACAAAACCGUGAUUCAGGAGCUGUAAAUAUGAUUAUAUUCCCAUGUAUGUUUAUGUAAUAAGAUUUAUAUUUAUUUUGUUGAAAUAGACUGUAAUGUAAAUUUCAGACUUUUUUUGUCCCUUAGGCUAGAAAUACAAUUUCCUUAGGAGUGAGGCACAUAUAUAUCUGUUUAUUGCAGAAAUCUAUUAUUAGAUAAUGGUGCUAGCUAACCUAGCUGAUAAAUAUUUCAUACUUCUGUGAAUCAUAAUGGCCGAAGCAGUGUAGCUAAUGUUACACAGAACCUGUGUGACCAGUCAUUAAUGUGAAUUGACCCUGGAUUUUGAGAUGAUAUGCAGUAUCACUGUUGAUGAUCUGGUCCGAGCCAGUGUCCAGGUAUAUG